CCCUAUGUUCUAUAUAUUCCAAACUUAGUUACCAUUUUUAGCGCGCGGUAGGAGGGUUGAUCCUUAGCAGCCACUAUUCAUGGCUGCAGCCUCCUCCAGUACUCGUUUCUCCUCAGCCAUGGAGAGAACCAACCAAUGGGUUUUCUCUCAAGAAGUACCAACUGAUAUCAUAGUUGAAAUAGGAGAAGCCAAGUUCCCUCUUCACAAGUUUAUGCUGGUUUCCAAGAGUGGGUACGUAAGAAGAAGAGUACUGGAAUGUGAAAGGUCGGAUCUGACACGUGUGGAUCUGUCCGGCGUGCCGGGCGGCGCCGAGACGUUUGAGAAGGCGGCGAAGUUUUGUUAUGGAGUGAACUUUGAGAUCUCAGUGAAUAAUAUAGCAGCCCUCCGGUGUGCGGCGGAGUACCUUGAGAUGACUGAUAAGUAUUAUGAAGGGAAUUUGGCAGGGAGGUCAGAGGAUUUCUUGGCUCAGGUGGCGUUGAAGACUUUGCCCGGAGCUGUCCUUGUGCUCAAAUCUUGUGAGAGUCUUCUUCCUAUGGCUGAAGAUAUUGGACUCGUUCAGAGAUGUGUGGAUGUUAUUGCCUUGAAGGCAUGCAACGAGUCAAACUUUCCAACUCGGUCUCCACCAGAGUGGUGGGCCACUGAGUUGGCACCCCUAAGCCCUAACUCGCUCCGCAAGGUCCUCGCCGCCAUGAAAUCCCGCGGCGCCACCCCCAAAACCCUAGCCACCACCGUCUCCGCCUACGCCGAGAAGUCCCUUCCCGUCCUCCUCUCUCUCCCCACCAACUCCCCCACCUCCGACUCCGGCGACGCCCUCUCCCACCAACGCGCACUCCUCGAAUCCCUCGCCGCCCUUCUCCCUCCCGACCGCGACGCCCCCCUCCCCGCCGGCUUCCUUUGCUGCCUCCUUCGCGCCGCCAACUCCCUCUCCGCUUCCAUCGCCUGCCGCCGUGAGCUCGAACGCCGGGUUGCCGGCGCCCUCGACCGAGCCUCCUCUGGCGACCUCCUCGCCGUUGCCCUAGAUCACGCCGGUGAUCGCAUCGCCGAUCUCGACAGCGUCCGCCGGAUUAUCGCCUACUUCGUCGAGAAGGAGUCGGCGGCGGCGGGUGGAGGUGGGUUGCUGUACGGCGGGGUGAGUAACUCAUGCUCGGUGGCGAUGCAGAAGGUGGCGAGGACUCUGGACUUAUUCGCGGCGGAGAUCGCGACGGAUGAGGACUUGCCGGUGUCGAAGUUCGCGGCGAUCCCCGGCGCCCUACCGAAAUCAGCACGGAGGCUUGAUGAUGAUCUCUACCGCGCCGUCGACAUUUAUCUCAAGGCACAUCCAGGGCUAGACGAGAUAGAAAGGGAGAAGGUAUGCAGCGUGAUGGAUCCACUAAGACUAAGCUACGAAGCCAGGCUGCAUGCCUCCCAGAACAAACGCCUUCCUCUCCAAAUUGUCCUUCACGCUCUUUACUACGACCAGCUCAAGAUUAGAAGUGGCCCCUUCCCCGCCGGAGACGAUCCCCUGGCCGCCGUCAAGCGCCAAGUCUCCGCAGUCGGAGACGCUGAGCUUGCUCGUGAGAAUGCAGCACUGAGGACGGAGCUGGCCAAGAUGAGAAUGUACGUGACUGACAUGCAGAAAGGCCAAGGGAGUGCAUGCAGUACUGGGUCUGCAGGAAAGGGUACUGGUGUUAAGAAAGGUGGUACCUUCUUCUCCUCUGUCACUAGGACUUUGGGGAAGCUCAACCCAUUCAAACAGGGCUCUAAGGAUACUUCUCAUAUUGAUGAUGGCCUUAGUGAAGUGGUUCCCAAACAACCUAGAAGGAGGAGGUUUUCUAUUUCUUAGUAUAAAGGUCUGUCAUGCAUGCUCAUACUAGGUGUUUGUUUUACUUGGUUUAUCAUUUCUUUUGUGAGGAUAUAUAUAUACAUCUAUAUAUGUAUGCAUAGUGUUUGCUUGAUUCAAUCUGAUUUGUUGUAAUAUUUAUUGUAAUUAUGUUUCUUCUGAUCAGUCUAAUAUGUUUGGGUUUGUCUAUUGUUGUAUUUUGUAAUAUUUGGUAUUCCUGUAAAUUAAUUGGCAAGGGAUACCGAUGAUCUUGGACUUUCAUGAA